AUGUCUGGACGUGGAAAGGGAGGUAAAGCCAAGACUGGUGGCAAGGCCAAGUCUCGCUCAUCCAGGGCUGGACUUCAAUUCCCCGUUGGUCGUCUCCAUCGUAUGCUCCGCAAGGGCAACUAUGCUGGUCGAAUUGGUGGAGGAGCUCCCGUCUACCUGGCUGCUUGUGCACAGGGUAUACAGAAAUGUUGUUGA